UUGAACUUUGGAGAAGAAUGUGUAAACUUUAUCGGACAGGUGUGGCUUUGUUGCUGCUGCUGGGAUAAACGCUGCUUUUAGCAUCGAAUUUUGUUACAGUACCUGCUCGUCGCACUGUUACAACAUUUUUAUUUAUAGCUAACACAUCUACAGGGAGACACCAUGGAGCUGUCUGCAAUGAACCUGUACAACCAGUUUGAGAGUCUCAGAGUCCAGGUGGACGGUCUGAAUGAAAGCAUUGAACCACAGUUCCUGCAGAUGGCAAUGAACUUUGAGGAUUGCCGCAAGAAAUGGCUACAGGCAGGUGAGGAGCUAGUUUCCUGUAAAGAGAUGCUGGCUAAAGCAGAGACCGAGAGGGGAGCUUUGGAAGUCAAACUAAAACACGCCCGAAACCAAGUGGACGUGGAGAUCCGCCGGCGGCAGAAGGCUGAGGCUGUAUAUGAGAAGCUAGAGCGACAGCUACAGCUGAUCCGAGAGCUCCUGAUUUCAGAGAACAGCGGUGGCAGCGUCCACCUAAGUGAGGAACAGCGCUCAGCCCUGGCCUUCCUCAGUGCCCACUCCCAAGCAGCACAAGCUGCUAAAAGCAACCUCAACUCCAGCCGAAGACUGACUACUAUUGAUGAAUCAACUUCUUUGCUGUCAGACAUCAGCUAUGACCAAACAGAUGACUCUCUGGACUGGGAUUCCUCUGUGAUGAAGAAUGUCAGACUGCGCAGGCGACAGAAACGACGUUCCUCCAGAAAACCUUCUGAAGGUCACUUACAGACAGUGAAGAAGCCCCGCUCUACUGGAUGUACAUCAGAUAGGAUGAAUGAAUCCAUUGUGGCCAAAACAACCAUCACUGUGCCUGUAAAUGGUGGUGCUGUUGAGGCUGUCUCCACCAUUGAGACUGUGCCCUACUGGACACGCAGCAGAAAGAAGAGUGUUGCUCCAGCAUGGAGUGAUACACCAGCUACUGAUCACUCUGAAACGGUCAGUGAGGCUCCCAGCACACCGGUCUCUGAAUUUCCAGCCCAACCCCAAACCCCCAGAGCCAAUACAGGAGGAAAGAAGCACCACUUCAUCUCCAAAACAGUGAUCAAGUCUGAAUUCUGUGUGUCAUGUGGAAGAAGAACAAAGUUUGGCAAGCUGUAUCUUCGCUGCCAGGAUUGCAGGGCUGUGACCCAUCCUGAGUGUCGUGACCUCUGUCCCAUGCCCUGUAAUCCCACAGCUGUUAAUACUCCCAUCAACAACACAGCGGCCACUCUAGCUGACUUUGCUCCGGUCACCCCUCCAAUGAUCCCUGCUUUGGUUGUUUACUGCAUUAAGGAGAUUGAACAAAGAGGCUUACAUGAGGUUGGCCUGUACAGAGUCUCUGGCCAUGAGCGUGUGGUGAAAGAGCUGAAGGAAAAGCUCAUUAGAGGAAAGACUCUACCUCCUCUUAACAAAGUCGAAGACAUCAAUGUCAUUGCAGGCGUCCUCAAAGACUUCCUCAGAAACCUUCCAGAGCCACUGCUCACCUUCCACCUCAACAAAGCCUUCAUGGAAGCAGCAGAAAUCCAGGAUGAUGACAACAGUCUUGCAACGUUGUAUCAGACCAUCAGUGAGCUGCCUCAACCAAACCGAGACACCCUGGCCUGUCUGAUGAUCCAUCUGCAAAAAGUGUCUCAGAGUGUGGAUACCAAGAUGGAUAUAAACAACCUGGCCAGGGUUUUUGGCCCUACCCUUGUGGGUCAUGCUGUUCCUGACCCAGACCCUAUGACCAUCCUGCGUGAUACCAACAGACAACCAAGGGUUGUAGAGCGCUUGCUCAGUAUUCCAGGCACCUAUUGGAGCCAGUUUGCUUAUCCAGAUAAUGCAAGCAUUGAAAAUGCACACAACACGGACACUCCAAACCACAAAGUGAGCAUACUGGGGCCAGUGACGACUCCAGAGCACCAGAUGAUGGCCAAAACACCUUCUUCCAGCUCGCUGUCUCAGCGCAUGAAGCAGACCCUCACCAGUACCACCUUGUUUGGAAGCAAGAGCAAAGCAACAUCUGCCCCUAAUCGCCAGGGAAGCUUCUUCGCUUCUCCCCAGCUGAAGUAAUGGCAAAUAAAGGGAAAACCGCCUCACUCACAUUAUACUUCUAGGUUACGUACUGCAGUAAAUGAACAUAUAUAUUUAUAUAAUCAUGUUGGAAUACCACUAUGCAAUUUUAGCACAUUUUAUUACUAGAGAUUUUUUUUAGAGGACUUUCUAACAAGAUUUAUUUUGUUUUGAAAAAAUGAUGAGAGAAUGUAAGUUUUUUGUUUUUUCUAUCGUUGAUUACUAAUGUUUUAUUGUUGGCUAUUAUUGUAAGAGGUUUUAAUGACCAAGCAACCAUACCACACUGAUUCAGGGAUUGAGAUCUUCUGCUUCAUGUGACGUUCAAAGCUGUUUUCAGUGGUUUUGUUUGUUUUGGUUUUUUCCCCCUUGAACAUGUGAUUAUAAUCACAGCUAUUGAUACACUGUAAGAAGUCAUUGGUAUGCACCAGCACACAUGAAAAGCACACACAGCUAGAAUGAACAAAGACUUAAGAAGCAGCGUUAUUGGCUCGUCCUUUUAUUUUUAUUUUAUCUGAUUAUUAUUUUUAUUUAUUUUUUUUGCUUUGGUUGCCUUGUCAUUAAAACAAUGAUUUUAUGUUUUGUUUAUAUAUUAAUGUUAAUAUGCUCUGAUCUAUACCAAUCACGGCAGUUUUUGAAAAGAAACAACUUUUAAAUACGUUAAAAAUGUAAACACUGAGGUAAACACUGAUACCAGUUGGGAAAUUAGGAUGCAUUUUGCACACUGUAAAAACCAAAGUGUAUUUUCUACAUGAUAACAUUUACCACUAGAGGCUGCUGUUGCACCACUUUCCAUAUGCAAUCCUUAACCAAUGAAGACACCAUACUGUAUGGUUAUGCACAUAACCAGUCAGACAUCCUGACACUCCUUUAAUUUGAUAUAUUUAGAAGAAGUUACUCUGCUAACGUAGAACAGUUACGGCAAGAGACUCUUGACUCACAUUUAUGUGGUCAUCACAAAAAAGCUUGAGCUGCUUAAAUGCAUUACUGUGAAAACUAAUUUGCAUGCGUAUUUGUAACCACAGAAGCUUUCUUGCACCAUUAAACUAACAAAACAAACAAAACACACACCAAACUAAAAGGGUCAGUCUUCUGCUCUCAUCACUUGUAGCAGAUGUCAGUGCGGUGACGCCGGGUCAAAUGAUGGUAUUUAGGGUGAGAUGUCCAUUUGGCCAAAAACUGAAAUGCCAUUUUCACCCAUGAAAACUACAUCCAGCUGUUCGUAAGAACCCUGUAACACUGCAUUGUUUUAUACAUAUUUGAUACAUUCUUGUACAUGUAUUCUUUUAUGUGCCGCUGUUUUUUAUCUAAAUAAUAUGUAAAUGAUUGUAUUCUGCCAGAGAUUCUGUGAAACGAACAUUAAG